CGUGUUACGCACGUGCUCUCUUCACUAGCAGGUAGAGCGGCUAUAUCUCGCCGGCGAGGGAUCACUGUUUCUCUUCUCACGAUCUCCGCCGUCGUCUUCAUCGCCGCCGCCGCCUUCACCACCACCGAGAUCGUGAUUCCUUUCGUCCUUUCGUGUAAUAGAUUAGGAAAGAUUGGAAUUGAAGGAGAUGCCUUCGCUUCAGACCGCGCUGCCCCCUGAACUCGCUGAUAAUGUCAUUAGGUUAUAUAGGGAGUGUUUGCGAAGAGCUAAAUUUAUAGGGCAUCAGCAACACAACACUGCACUUGUUGUCGACAUGGUGAGACAGCAAUUCAAGAAACAUAUGCAUGAAACUGAUCCUGAAAAGAUUCAGAAAUUGAAAGAUGAUGCUGCAAGGGGUCUUAUAAAUCAUAUUCUCUAUGAGUCAGAGAAGAUGACCGGUCGCAAAUUUUCCAAUCCCCAUUGAUUAUGAAAUUGUAUCAAGCUACUACUUUGGAAUGUGAAUUGGAUGUCACCUAUCCUCUUUCCAGAAUCACCUUUUGUUGUGGUGGUUUGGUUCUGGUAAACCAUUUGGUUGCAAUGUUAUUUUUAGCUCCAAUGUUCUGUUUGUGCACA